AUGAGCACAGUGGCCUCCAUCAUCCGUAAAUGGAAUAAGUAUGGAACCCCAGGCAGGCCCGUCGCAAGAGGGUUUCUGCUCCAGCCUCUUGCUGCCAAACUGAAGCACUACACCAAGUUCAUCUUUGUGCGGGACCCUCUGGUGCGGCUCAUCUCGGCCUACAAAAACAAGUUUUUGGAAGACAAUGAUGCUUAUUAUCAAGUGUACGGGAUCCGCAUCUUGAAGCACUUUAGCAACAUGUCCCACCCUUCCAAAGUGAACGAAGCAGGCAAGUCGAGGGUCUAUCCGAGCUUCCAGCAGUUUCUCGAGUUCAUAACAGAUCCGGACAUACUGAGGACUCACAGGUUGGAUGUACACUGGAGACCACAGCACCAGCUCUGCCUCCCCUGCACCAUCAAGUAUGACUUCGUUGGUCAUCAAGAGACACUUCAGGAAGAUGCUGACCUUCUGCUAAAGAUGCUAAACAUAGACAUCGCCUUCCCGCAUUCACCUUCCAUACCAAACAACGCUGACUCGGUGAAAGUCUGGUUCAAGUCUGUGCCUAAAGCCACGAUGAGGAAGCUCUACAAGAUGUAUGAACUUGACUUUAAGUUGUUUGGAUACCCACAGCCGCCACUGGAUGAUUUAGCUGCACCGUAG